AUGGCGGCACGUUUUCUCGGUGGUUUUUUAAUUUGGGUGGAUUCUUGUUUUCUGCUUCUGAACAAGCUCUAUUCUCGUAAGGCUCCUUGGUUUGAUUAUGCUUGUGUAGUAGCCAAGAAAAGUCUUAGAAGACUGGAGAAAGCCUAUAGUGACAAUAGUAAUCUUACUCUUCUUCUUGCUCUUGACUUUUCUUCAGCUUUUGAUACUGUUGACCAUACUAUUCUCUUGAGACUGCUGCAUCUUUCUUUUAAUAUUACUGAUUCUUGUCUAUCUUGGUUUUCUUCUUAUCUCUGUAAUCGUUUUUCUUCUGUUGUUCUCAAUAAUUCUACUUCUAACUCCUCUACUCUUACUUUCGGGGGAACAGAAGAAUGCAGGUGCAGCUCCAGAAAUAAGGAGACCUGUGGUGAUCCGAAGAACUAUGAAAGCAACUGCCUGACAGUAUGUCCUGGAAAUAAGGAUCAAAAAUGUGCCGGGACCAAUUGUGCGGCCAAAUUUUCAGUUGGAACAUAUUUGGAAGCUCCAGCUGGUCAGUCAGUUUAUACUCACUGUGGUAAUAAAGUUGAUGAACUGAAAGAUUUAUCAAGUUGUGAUGCUGCAUGCAAAGCUGGGUGGACUGGAGAUUUCUGUGACAGAAGACAUUGUGAAGACGAAGAAGGCUGUGGGGACGAUAUGAUCUGCAAUAAACUGGAAGUUAAAGAAGAAACAUUUGGCGAAUGUGUUUGUCCAGCUGGCAAAUACAAAACUGCUCAAUGGACUUGUGAAGAUUUGCCGUCUAAGAAUGUAGCAUUCAGAAAGAGAGUUGAAACCGUCCCACAACCUGAAACCUAUCAACCAGAGUAUCUGGUCGAUGGUCACAUCAUACGAAAUCCUUCAGAACUUGUUCUUCGGUCACCAAAUGAAAUAUCAAUAACUGUGCAUCUUGAUACUUUAUACAAAGUGCAAUACGUAGUUGUCUACCACAGGCCAAAUUUCAUUGAUAUUGGUAAUGGCAAGGACAACCUGACUUAUGUGGUUGAGUUGGACGAUAUCCUGCAGGCUGGCUCGCUUGGAAUUCCAUGCAAUACAUAUGAAGUGAACAUGAAAGUAUGUACAGAACCGCCCAAAUUUGUGACAUGCAAGUAUCCAGAUUUCAAAUCAAUGUUUGUCUUUCUAUUUCCUGAAAUUAAACAAGAAGUAAAUUAUAUGGCGAUUGAUGAGAUUGAAGUCUAUGCAGAAAAUUUGCCAGUAUAUUAUUACGUUGGAUGUUUUGGCUCUUUUCAUACUGUGCACACAAUGCAAUCGAAGAACCUCACAUUUGAUGAAUGUAAAAAAUUCUGCAAAGUGCUUCAAAACCCCAUGCUCAUUGUCGGCUUGAAGGCUACUGAAAUGCCCAAACCAAGUUACGUUGGUUGUUACUCGGAGGCAUUGAAACAAGAGAACAAGGUGAUCGGGGUCACUCAGGGUGAGGCAUUUACAUCUUGCUCGGUGCACUGCAGGAUGCAAAACUCCAUUGAAUUUGCCAUAAUGAACUCAAUUAAAUGCAUAUGUGGAAGUUUGAUGAAUGCCUCAUUUCAAGUUGCCACGUCUAAGUGCAAUCAAAAAUGCCAAGACUAUGUGACUCUAUCUUGUGGAGGCGAUGGAAUGUUCUCUCUAUAUAAAACUUUCUUGAGGUACGAAGCAAGCAUUGAACGCCACUUCUGUAUUGACACAUCGGCUAGAUCACCGGAUUGUAAGCCAGGAAGGUGUGAUCCUGGUUGGACUGGACCACUUUGCAACAAGAGAGAUUGUUCGCUCAAUAACGGUGCAUGUCCGAAAGAUUUGAUUUGCUCAAAAGUUUUCAUUGGUUCAGAGAUAACAUCGGAAUGUUAUAAUGCCGCCAAUUUUAAUAGGUUCAAAAACACUACACCGAUGACAUCAGUGGAAAUGGGAACAUUAAUGAAUGCUCUACUGAUUCUUGGAUCUAUGCUCCUACUUUUGAUAAUAUCAGUUUUUUGUGCCAUUUUUUAUGUCAAGAAGAAACAUCCAUUGAUAUACGAGGAAAAACUUCAAGCUGUGAAAGACUUUAAAGCAAAAGUUGGCGAUAAAAUGAAGCAGCCCAAAAUUAGAAGUGGCGCCAAAGCUAACAAAGCUGAAUCAACAAAAGACACUAAGAAAGCUGCACCGGCUAAAGCUAAAGCAGCUCCAUCAAAAGUAUCUACUGCUACUGAUUCAACUUAUUAA